GAGGGGCUGUGGCUGAUGCUGCUGCUAGCCUGUAUCCAAGGGGCCAGACAGACAGAGAAGGACACAGACAGCCUGAAAAUUGGGACCACACAGGCACCACCAUCAUCAUCUCAACACUGAUCUGGAGGAGGGAGCAGCAUUGUGAGGAUCUGAGCUAAUCUCUGGUGAGGAACACAGACACAUUGGAAACAUGACCCUAGCAGCGUACAAAGAGAAGUUGAAAGAGCUCCCCCUGGUGUCUCUGUUCUGCUCCUGCAUCAACCCUCAGACCAUCGACUGUAAGCCCAUAUACAAAGCAGAAGAUGCGGUGGAUCUGGGCUGGUGUGUGAUAAAGGACGUAGAGGUGAUAGAGUUGAACAAACGUGCGUCGGGCCAGGCCUUCGAGGUCAUCCUGAAGCCCCCGUCGUUCGAUGGCGUCCCAGAGCUCAACGUUACCAUGCCCCAACGCAGGGAACUCUCCAUGGAGGAGAUCCAGAAUAAACUAGAGGCUGCAGAGGAGAGGAGGAAGUGCCAGGAGGCUGAGCUGCUGAAGCACCUGGCAGAGAAGAGAGAGCACGAGAGAGAGGUGAUCCAGAAGGCCUUUGAGGAGAACAACAACUUCAUCAAGAACUCCAAGGAGAAGCUGGAGCAGAAGAUGGAGGCCAACAAGGAGAACAGAGAGGCUCUGCUGGCGGCCAUGUUGGAACGGCUGCAGGAGAAGGACAAACAUGCAGAAGAGGUGAGGAAAAAGGUACUAGCCUUGGCAGAUGUGGUGGAUCUGGGCUGGUGUGUGAUAAAGGACGUAGAGGUGAUAGAGUUGAACAAGCGUGCGUCGGGCCAGGCCUUCGAGGUCAUCCUGAAGCCUCCGUCGUUCGAUGGCGUCCCAGAGCUCAACGUUACCAUGCCCCAACGCAGGGAACUCUCCGUGGAGGAGAUCCAGAAGAAACUAGAGGGUGCAGAGGAGAGGAGGAAGUGCCAGGAGGCUGAGCUGCUGAAGCACCUGGCAGAGAAGAGAGAGCACGAGAGAGAGGUGAUCCAGAAGGCCUUUGAGGACAACAACAACUUCAUCAAGAACGUCAAGGAGAAGCUGGAGCACAAAAUGGAGGCCAACAAGAAGAACAGAGAGGCUCUGCUGGCGGCCAUGUUGGAACGACUGCAGGAGAAGGAAGAACACGCAUUAGAGGUGAGGAAGAAAAAAGAACUGAAGGAGGAGGCCUGCCAUUAGACGAGCGGAAAGAUAGAGGGAGAGAGAACGGAGGAGUGGUUUUGUGUCAUUAAAAAAAAACAAGAGAUCAAGACAAUGAGGGGGAAAAAAAGAAAACCAAAAACUGCCCCA